UUGUUCAUUUCGUUGCUAUCAACAUGUCCGUUGCACAUUGAACAAAGUAAAGACACAAUCGAGAUUUAAUGAGACGUGAAAAAACAUAACCUUACCCCCAGAAACUCACAUAUCAGCCGUGUUAUUAUACCCUGUGGAUAAAAUGGCCAUCGGCUAUGGAAACUACCGUUUUACCGGUAAAACAUGAGGCUGAAGUACGGACGAAAAUGACAACAUCACACUCAGGUUUUAAUGAUAAUAAUUUGAACCUAUUGUGGGUUUUUAAGCAGGUAUUAAGGACUAGUAUUGCAAGCAAAUGCUCCCCUCAAUAAGACCUCCGCCGAAACUUCCUGUUGUACUCAAGUCAAAAGCAUCUCCAUCAACUUCUUUGAGCAAAAGGACAUCAUCUAAAAAGCAAGGCGAGGACAGUUAUAAUCAAAACAGGUCUGAGGCAGCAGGCAAUACAGAGGAGACAGCUCGUAACGAGUCCCCAUUACUGCCUCUUAUCUCCGAAGGCUCUUUUACUUCACUUGUGAGCAGUAAAUCGAAUAAGUCUAGACGGAAGAAAGACCGAAUCAAAACAAUCAAGCAAUACAGAGACAACAAGCAAGCUUCUAAUGUGAAGAUCAAAAGAAGAGGAGGAGGGUUUCGAGAAUAUCCAACAAGCUUGACAACUUAUCCCAGUCAAAUAGUGUCAGAUUCCCCUGGCGUGAGGACUACAAACCUUCAGUUGAACUACGACACGGGCACUGUCAACGACAAGGGGUGGACCCCACAAAACCCCAACCCAAGGCUAUUGAAACUUCAGAGUGUCACAGGUCGGUUUCAGCCAGCUCAGUUGAAUUACGUAAAUUUUCCCAGCUACACCGAGUACUCGCGCUUAGUGGCCGCUCCUCAUGUCGAUUAUCUCUACCAUCGACGACCACGAAAACAACAAGGCGCAAAGCACGAUGGGACGAAUGAUAUAUUGAGUUAUGGAACGCAAGUAACUGUAAAUGAAAGAUACCAAAUUCAUACUAUAACCGCGACCACUACAGAUCCCCUCCCUCCCCCUGAAGCAUCUCAGCCCAACCCUCUCGAAGAUACACUACAGUCACGUGAUGCCUCUGAGAGCUCGUGCCUUCAUCGCAAGACCUGCGCGUGCCCUCAGGAGACUGGGGUCGAGAAACGUCCGCCUAAAACAUCAAGUCGGCAGAAUAGCUUGGAACGAUUUUCUACUAUGCCUACUAUGAGGAUGGGUCUGCAGAAUACAGGCGCGCGAGACAGGCUUAAGCCACCUGUGAACAAAGCACCUCCGCCAAUUAGCCCCCCUAAACUACCACAAGGGAGACCACGAGGAAUGUCGCUUUCUCGUCUUAGGAAAAAGGCCAAGAUGUGCAUCACGCCCUCUUCAGAAUCCAACUCUAAUAGGCGCCGAUCCUCCAACACAAUCCAAAGAAAUAACAUCAAUACUAUUGAUUCAAAGAGCCUUGCAAAAGUAGAAACGGUAGACUUGACAGACGAAGAAAUGAUGGCGAAGAAAACACAGCCCCCGAAGACCCCAGAAGUUGUCACGGGAAAGCCCGAACAUAGCACCGAUCCUCAGACUCCUGAAUCCGAGUCACCUCCGAAAACUGCCGAAGCCUCUCCGGAGGAGAUGGAUAUCACCGAGCAGGAAAUGAAUGGUAUUGACGAGUGUGAUACCAAGACGACCAUCCAGAGCGUCUCCAAUGCGACUACGCCCCGAAGAGCAGAGACACCUAGACUACUUAAGAUUUGUCAAGGCAGUCUUAACGAGGAUUUGCAGAGCCUUCAGAAAAUGUUCACAAAACUCGAUGCAGAUGGAGAUGGUCACAUCUCAUUUGCGGAGCUGCAGCGAAGCCUUCCAAGCGAUCUUUCUAAGAAACAAAUAUCUUACCUGAAGAAGAUAUACCAGCUGGCUUGUGAGAGUACGUAUUUCGGUCUGGAGGAGUUUGUAGCAGUCCAUCAGAUGUGUCAGAUCAUGUCAAGGUCUGGUUACUCCACAUUUAAAGUCUUUGAUGCAAUGGACAUGGGACGGAUAGAACCCGCCAUAUCAAUAUAUGUGGAGUUGUUCAAUAGUUUGGACAGGCGGAAAUCAGGGACUUUAAGUAUAGAUUCCUUCCAGAAUUUGUUAGCCUCUUCCCUAAAUGUCCGAAGUGAGUCGUCUGUUGUUCAAGAUGUCAUCAACACGAUGGGCAAGCGAACUGAAGACACAAUAAGUAGUGUGGAGAUGAUGGCUUUCUUACCGUACAUCCUCUCCCUAGACAAAACAUGAAAACCCGACUAAGUUCCAGAAAAAAGUGGCGGAAAACGAAUGGUUGCUGUAGAAAGAUAGACACAUGAAACAAAGCGAAGACGUCCCGAACACACUCCGAUUAUGUCACUAAAGUUUCUCGAAAAUAAAAAAAUAUACGCUCCAAAGACCGCCAAUGAUUCUACAAAACCACGCCGAAGAUGCGACAAAAUAAUGUUUCGCCGAAUUUAUUAAAGCCGCAUUGUCACCAGUUUACUUCCGGUCGAUUGCCUAACAAUAUCCGAUGAUUUUUACCGGAAAACGCGAAAAAUAUUUCAAAAUAUUCAAAGUUUCUUUGAGGGUGUGAUUUAUAAUUUGGAGCGGAUGGACUGUUAAAUAUUUCGGAUUCUAAUAGAUUCUUUUGUCUUUUAACGGUUGAGGUUUCCGUCGGACCUCCGGAAGUAAACUGGUAACAAUGCGGCUUUAAAGUUCUAGUUUUCGGCGAUUGCUUCCCAUAGAUCCUGCGAGAAUUGAAACGCGUUCCAAUUUUUACUAACAAGGGGGUAACAAGGGGGUCUGUCAAGUUUUCAUUGCGACAGAAAUACAAAUGCAUUGAAUAUUGAAAUAAAUUUGUGACGUCAAUAAUAUUUAUAUUUUGUAUUAAAGGUGUUUAAAGCCGAUUUUAACACCGGCAAAUAAAAUUUGUAUUACAUUAGA